GUUCUCACGCUUGUAACAAAAAAAAAAACAGGAAUGCUAAAAUAGCAAGCUACAACAAAGUAAAACUUUGAAACUUUUUUAAAUAUUCUUUUAUGUCAACAGAGCAUCGGAGAGAACUAUAGAACAUCAUGUUACGUGUUUAAAAAAGAAGACUACAAAUACAUUUUUAUUUCUAGGAAAUAACUUUUUGACAUGGCAUGAGGUUUUGCCCCCUGUCUAGUUAAUAAUGUCAUCAUUUAUCUGAUCUGUGGGAAAAACCUGGCCGCUCGUGGAACUAGAACUCAUAUCGGAAUGGCUUCAGCAGUGUUUCCCCGUCAGAAACCACGAUUUCUCCCUGAUAUCAAUGAGAAGAGCUCUGUCAAAGCCAGCCUGCAUGGAAAAGAAAUGAAAAAACCAAACCGAGGCUCUGCUGAGAGGGAGAGGAUCCAAACCACCACGAUGAAUGCGGAUGAAAUAGCGCAAUUCCGAUACAGUCUGCACCAGAAUCUUUGCGUGUCCAUGCUGCAGGAGGGAUUUCAUGGCUCCUUUAAAAAGUUUUCCUCUUUGCUGCAGCGCUGGAAGGACGAGCGUCUAGCCGCGGGUCCUGACAGCGAGUUGUGGCUGCAGCGUUCUCUGGAGGAGCAACCAGACAAACUGGAGAUGCUGAGAGAGCACCUGACCCGCGCUGAGGCUGCACAAAGAGCUGAUCAGUUUGUGGAGGUGUAUGAGAGUCAUUUGGCCUUGGCGAAGUUUUUCUCAGAGCCAGAGGACAUGUGGCUGCGUCAUCACUUUUAUAAGCUCGGCCUCAAAGCUGCCCGCAAAGUCAAGACGGACUCCAGCAGGAGGGAGGCUGAGGCCAGUGAACACCUCGCCCACCUGUAUUUGGAGCGAGGAGACUUGGAACUGGCACAGGAGCACUUUGAGAUGUUUCAUCACCUGGCAGUGGGACAGUCGUGGCAGGACGAGAGCGGGCACACACACCUGUCUCGUGCGUGUGAAAGUCUCUGCAGGGUUUACACACUGCUGGCACAGAGGCAGCUGCAGUGUGGGGAAUACCGAGCAGCCAUUCAGCUCCUCAACCAGGCUUAUGAGAUGGCUAAAGAAGCGGGUGAUAAGACACUGGAGGGCGAAGCAGUGUACAGAGUCGGACUGGCCUAUCAGAGCAUGGGCAGUCAAACAACUGCUAAACAGUUCCUGAACAUGUUCAUGGAGAUCUCCACAGCACUGGGAGACAUGGAGAGCCUAGGCAAAGCCUAUAAGGCCAUUGCUAAAUCUCUGGAGAGUGAGGACAAAAUAAGUGACGCCAUUGAGCAUCUACAGAAAUAUCUCGAGGUUUGUCAGGAGAACAAUCAGCAUGAAAAUCGACAGGACGCUUACAUGUGCCUGGGGUCCAUACACAUCUCUAGAGCUCAGUAUGAACGAGGCUGUGAGUAUUUUACACAGGCCUUUGAGAUGGCAUGCAGCCUCGACUCGAAUCCAUGCAUUGAGAAAGCUCAGCUGUGUGUGGGCAUCGCCCGAGCUCAUUCCAUGCUGAGAGUGUACACUAGCCACUUGCAGAUCAACAAGCCACCAAACGUCUCUACACUCAUCUCCUGGAAAGAAACAAAAGAGGAUAAGUUCCAUGAGACACUGUAAGAAAUAAUGAAAUAAAAAGAUGAUGAGUGGAGAGAAGAAAACCCAGACCUCUAGCUUUUUCUUUCUUUCUUUUGUAUUUCUUUUCUUUUGUUUUAUUUCAUCCCUAACAAUACUGAAAUCUCAAUCAUUAGAUGAAUAUAAACCAUUAAAUUCACCCUUCAGGAAGCUGAUGUGUAUAUCCUGAUCACUUAGCCUUAGAUAUCCCUCUCAUUUUGAGUUGUCUAAAUAGAGAGAAAGAAAGAGUGGAUUGAUUUAUUCCCAGUAUUUUAGCAAAAAUUUAUCAUAUUCCACUAGAAACGCUAUUGAGUGUGCACUUCACAUUCUUUUUGUAUUUUAAUGUGAGUACUAUCACACUGAAAUGGAUUACAACUCACCAUAUUUCUAUUUCUUGUUCUAUUCAGUACCUGUGAUUCACUUAUCCAUAACAAUUAACAAUAUUUAUGGAAGUAGACACACAAACCCCCUUUCGUUGUUAUAUUGUUGUAAAAACUAUUUUACAUGUUUUUUGGAGAAACCGAAUCGACCACAUAAGGUUACACGUUGGAAAAAAAUUAUUUUAGUAGACAGCCUAAUUCUAUUAUUUGAUACAAUGUCUCCUUUGAUGAAAUGGUUUUUUUUUUAAUUGCAAUUAUGUAAUUGACCAAUAGGGGGCAAAAUUGCAUAAAAAACAUGCAUUAGGCUAUAGUGCAUUGAACAGGAAAUUGUAAAUCACAAUAAAUAAAUAAAUAAAUAAAUAAAAAAAUAAAAAUCUGUUUGAGUGAGUAAUUAGGUUGAUAUGAGAGGAUGCAGAAAUAAUGACCACACAAGAAAUAAACUACUGAAAACAAAACAAGACAGCAGCAGGAACUUUCGUGUGGAGUGAAGCAUGAAAUUGAAUUGUGUGAGAAAUGCAGAGGUUAUGAAAUAUU